AUGUCGUCUCACCGUCCAAAGGCACCAUACAGCUCCCUCUCUGGCUCCUCUUCAUCAUCCUACUCCGCUUCGGAUUCAGACCUCUCCAGCUCCAGCUCACGAUCCUCAGUACGACACAGCAUGGAUUCCACACAGCGCCCCGUACAGGUCUCCGUCAUCCGCUGCUUGCGAUGUGCGCGUGCCGAAGAGUUGACCAGCACCGACGACCCCAACAGCUCUGGAAUGGUCCAAAUCGGUACCAACAUCUACUAUUGCAACAGAUGCGCCAAGAUGGUUGGCUACACGUGA